AGGGGAGGAGGAGGAGGGAGGGCAGCGUCUGGAUUCAAGACUACUCCAAGGAAAAGAACUGCAUGGGAGGAUCUGCUGUUUGGUCCAGGAGAGGAACACUCAGAACCUGUCUGUUAGAAACCAACUUUGUCCCCGUCGUCUGUCCCUGAGACCGAGGGGGGGACGCCAGGCUGACUCUGCCGGCGGCGUGUGGCGGCUGGGGGCGGGAGGAAAAAUGCUGCCAUCACAAGAAGCCUCCAAAAUCUACCAUGACAACUACAUGCGCAACUCCAGGGCCAUCGGGGUGCUGUGGGCCAUCUUCACCAUCUGCCUGGCCAUCAUCACCGUGGUCAUCUUCAUCCAGCCCUACUGGAUCGGCGACAGCAUCAACACGCCGCAGGCCGGCCACUUCGGCUUGUUUCACUACUGUGUGGGCAACGGGAACUCCAACCGGGAGCUCUCCUGCCAGGGGAGCUUCUCCGACUUCGCCUCCAUCCCCUCCAGGGCCUUCAAGGCGGCGUCCUUCUUCGUGCUGAUGUCCAUGGUGCUCAUCCUCGGCUGCAUCGGCUGCUUCGCUCUCUUCUUCUUCUGCAACACCGCCACGGUCUACAAGACGUGCGCCUGGAUGCAGCUGCUGUGUGCUGUCUGCCUGGUGCUGGGCUGCAUCAUCUUUCCUAACGGGUGGGACGCAGAGGUGGUCCGAGACAUGUGUGGCGAAGACACGGGGAGGUACACCCUGGGCAGCUGCUCGGUGCGCUGGGCCUACAUCCUGGCCAUCAUCGGCAUCCUGGACGCGCUCAUCCUCUCCUUCCUGGCCUUCGUUCUGGGCAACCGGCAGAGUGACUUCGUCCAGGAGGAGCUGAGGGCCGAACACAAAGGUGAGGACCGGGAAACGCAAAGCCUUGUGUUGAUGACUGAAAUGUUGAUGUGA